UCGGCAGGCAGGCGGCGUUGCUCUGCGGCUGCGCGGAGAAGAAGCAAGAUGGCGGGCAGCCCUCCUCCUCCGCUGAAGCCCUGGGAGAACCCGCGCAGAAUAUCUCCAGAUGUGGGGGCCAGCCCACUGACCCGACCUGGGCAGCCCACUCUCACUCGGGUGCCCCCUCCGAUUGUGCCAAGGCCCACCCAGCAGACUGGGAGCACUGCCCUGAAUACCUUCCGGCCCACCUAUGGCAGCUCUUUCUCUUCGGGCUAUGGCACAUACGGGAGCAGCAUGUAUGGCAAUUCCUUUUAUGGAAGCUACAGCCCUUACAGUUAUGGGUACGGGGGCUUGGGUUACAACCGCUUUCGGAUGGACGAUAUCCCCCCCAGUCGGUUCGUUCAGCAGGCGGAGGAAAGCAGCCGAGGCGCCUUUCAGUCCAUCGAAAGCAUCGUGCACGCCUUUGCCUCCGUCAGCAUGAUGAUGGAUGCUACCUUCUCAGCUGUCUACAACAGUUUCCGGGCAGUUCUGGAUGUGGCCAAUCACUUCUCUCGCCUCAAAAUACACUUCACCAAGGUGUUUUCCGCUUUUGCCUUGGUCAGAACUAUAAGGUACCUCUACAGGCGACUGCAGAGGUUGAUGGGUCUGAGAAAAAGCUCUGAGAAUGACGAUUUAUGGGCGGAAAGCGAAGGGACGGUGGCCUGUGUUGGUCCUGAGGAAAGAGCAGCCCACUCUGCAAAAUCAUGGCCCAUUUUUCUAUUCUUUGCUGUCGUUCUUGGGGGGCCCUACCUCAUAUGGAAGCUGCUGUCCAGCUACAGUGAUGAUGAAACAGUGUCCAGUCACUGGGCAAGUGGAGAGGCUGACCAUGUUGUGGGGAGAGCAGAAUAUGACUUCAAUACUGUUUCAGAAGAAGAAAUUUCUUUCCGUGCCGGUGAAAUGCUAAUAUUAGCUCCUAAAGAACAACAGCCCAAAAUUCGUGGAUGGCUUCUCGCCAGCCGUGGUGGGCAGACGACAGGACUUGUACCAGCAAAUUACAUCCGAAUACUUGGUAAAAGGAAAGGGAAGAAGACCACAGAGCUGGAAAAGAUCACAGAGCACCAGCCUGCAGUUCACAAUGCACCUCUGGUUCCAGGAGGUACAGCUGCUGACACGUUGGAGGAGCAAGAAGCUGCCUUUGAGUCUGUCUUUGUGGAAAAUAAUAAAGAUCCCAUUACACCUGGCUCUGCCAUGCUAAGUGGAGAUAAACAGGACCUUUGACAGGUGUGGAGGUUUAUGGACCUGGUCAGCACAUGCUCGUCAGUAAUGCUGUAGGGUAACCAUUCAGUAGUGAUGUAGCAGAACACCGUUGUUGACUGUGUCUGCCUGGUGAAAUCAUAGAGAGGGACAUUAAAGGCCCUAGUCCUGGGCUUGAUUCAGUUAAUGUUGGAUGGCUGGAUUAAGCGUACCAGGCAGGAGCCAGUCGUUCUGUGCCAGGCACGGGUGAGUUAUCAGUCAAGAAGGUAUAGUAUCUAAUCCCAUUUGGUUGUUGGAGCCGUUCUUAAAGCUACCAGAGAUAGCUCUCUGUUUGGAAAUUUUAUUUAGGGCUGAUUUAUCUUCUCAUUACGUUAUAGACACUGUGAUAAAGUAUGUUUCAGAGUCUUUCAUCAUAUGGUGAGAUUCCAUUUUCUUCUUAAAGUGGUAUUGUGUGGUAGAAGGGGAAUCUCAGUCAUGGAUUUGUUGGACUGUCCUCCAAAAAAACCUCCAGUCUCACUGUUCCGACAUUGAACAAUUCUCUGUGAAAGAUGUUCUAGAGCUGGUAGCAGUUCCAUUUUAUCCUAGUUCCAUGAUACGUGAGCCCAGCUUAUGUGGGUGUCUUUUCAUAAACAAGCUAGCUCCUUAUAACAUGAUUCUCCUUUGUGUUGGCACCUGUCUCUGCAUUUGAAGACUUAGGCAAUCCCCUGCCUGGGUCGGUAGUUAAUUGGUCUUAAACUACAACAUCUACAUCAGUGGUUCUCAACCUGGGGUCCCCAGAUGUUUUUGGCCUUCAACUCCCAGAAAUCCUAAAAGCUGGUAAACUGGCUAGGAUUUCUGGGAGUUGUAGGCCAAAAACAUCUGGGGAUCCCAGGUUGAGAACCACUGAUCUACAUCAAUCUGCCCUUCCAGGUCAAGGAUACUGCACCUUUUUCCAUACCUGUCAUUUAAGAGGUAGGAAAGGUUACAUUUUGGAUGGCAACUCCCCACAUUUCUCAGCCAGAAUGACCACUAACAAAUAUGGACUAGGAUGUUCUGAGAACAGAAAUCCCAAAUCAAGGUUCUCCCAAGUUCUGCUUCAGUUAGAUCUGUCAAGUUAGAUCACACUAAGGAUCAAACUUGCAUGCUAGAUCUACACUUUAAACCUGUUUCUACUCCAUGACUUGUUGUGUCAACCUGAAUGAUAGGUAAAGAUGAGACGGAUUUCUAUUUCUUUAGCUAGUCUCAUCAGAUGUUCUUAACUGUAAGUCUAUAAAUAUACUGCUUAGUCAAGCUGAAUAUGUGCUAAGCUUGGUAUUUUCUUCAGAAAGAGGCUGGCAUGGAAAUAAAAAUUCCAUUCACAAAAAUCAUGCUUCCUACUUUAUCAGGGCCAAAUCGAUUUUAAAAAUUCAGGUUUAAUUUGAGAAAGUUGGAUGUUGAGUAAUAACAAUACUUUCAGGGUGUAAUUUAACUAGAUAAUUUGGUGCAUUAUAUUUCAAAGCUCUACAGUAUUCAUUGCUAAGAACUGAAUUUGCAGUGCUGCAAAAUUCCUUCUUCAUCUCAGCCAAUCUUGAAAUACAUUAUUUCUAACAUUGGAAAGUACUGAAUAUCUUGGAUAUUUUAAAUAAAAGUUCCCCUAUUGAAUGAAUACCUUAUCUUCAGUUUCACUGUGAGGUAAUUACCAUAUUGAUGGGAUUUUUUUUGCACUCAUUUCUGAAUGUUUGGAGGAGUUUUUUUUAAGAGUUACAUAAACACCUUAAAAUAACUUGGACUGUUUGCUAGCUUUCUUGGAGGCUGUUUCCAAACUUGUUCAGGUUCAUUAAUUAUUCACUUUAUGACUGCCAACUGAAUUGAAGCCCAAGAGAAAGGAAAGGUUUUGUUUUCCUUUUCUGUUUCACAAGGAAGUUUUACCAGAAUAUAUGAGGGAAAUGUUGCACUUUUGGUUCAACAAGAUUUUGUACCAAUUGCAGGGUGCACAAACGGAGAACCAGGCAGUUCAGCUUCAAACAAUGUAAGAGACCCAUUAAAUAUUGAUCACUUUUGCAUGGAAGCUCCUUACUAUACGGUUUCCUCAUUUUGCUUUCUGGGGUGCAUUACAAAAUUUAGGUAGGCAUAUUUUCAUAUAUCUAAUACCUAAUAUUGUAAGAGAUGUUUCAGUCCUCCAAAGAUUUAUGAAAAAUGCAAACUGAGAUGGAGCUGGGAAAUGUUUCGAAUCUUUUUCCAUUUGUUUGUGAGACCUGAACAUCAUGGUUUAUUUUUUUUUCCUGAUACCAUAAUCAUAAAUUAUAUCAGUAGGCUGACAAGUGUUUGCUUCAAAAGAAAUCACUGUUGACUAACUCGCUAUUUCAGUCUAAUGCUCAAUGUGUUUACUCACUUGCCAUUCGGGCUCACUUCUCAGAAGUAUAGUUCAGUCUCUUUGAGCUUGCUUGAUUAUAGUUAACAGAAUAUCAAACCUAUGCAUAUCACACUUCAAAUAGAUAAGUAUGCCUAGUGAGCCUUGACUCUGCCCUGUUGACUUUGUACUUGUUUCAGUGGAACCAGAAUGAAAAAAGGUCGUAACGAGUAGAUUUACUAGAGAUUUGAUCAUGCAGUUGGAUUAACCUAUAAGAAUCUAUUAAAUUUUGUUGAAACUUGA